UGGAAAAAACUGCUUAUACAGCCCAAACAACAAACAGUGCAGCGCGCACGAUUACUGUGCAUGAUAACUCAAAAAAUGAAAUCAUUGCACUUAUUUUCUUAUGCAUUGUAAUUAUCAUAACUAUUUUUGUCUUGAACUUUGUGAUCAUUAAACGUGUUAAUGAAAUUAAUAACAAGAUGCAAAAUGAAUUGAUCAAGGUGCAAACAGAACCCCUCAUAGAAGGUACCAUGCAAACAAUACCCCUCAUAGAAGGUACCAUGCAAACAGAACCCCUCAUAGAAGGUACCAUGCAAACAGAACCCCUCAUAGAAGGUACCAUGCAAACAGAACCCCUCAUAGAAGGUACCGUGCAAACAGAACCCCUCAUAGAAGGUACCAUGCAAACAGAACCCCUCAUAGAAGGUACCAUGCAAACAGAACCCCUCAUAGAAGGUACCGUGCAAAAAGAACCCCUCAUAGAAGGUACCGUGCAAACACUGUCACAAUGUCAGCUUGGUGUGUAGCGGGAGAAAGGCGGAUGGUAUAUAUUGAGUCAGUAUAGAUCUGAAACGGAUUUGAGAACUCCUGGAAAAGUGGAAUCACAACACCAGUGAAUUAGAAAGCUAAGUAGAGUAUUCCGAAAUAAAUUUUAUAAAUAAUUUUACAAACAAUCGAAGUGCAGAAGAGACAUAGAAAAAGUAAUUUGCCACUGUGUUCAUGUAACGUAAACGUCAAGGAAGAUUGGAUUCCAGAAUGCAAUCUCACGCGAGCCACGACAUGGGUGUAGAUUUUGUCAAAAAGAGAUAAUACUAAUGCCUGGCUAUUUCAGAGGCGGAUCCGGGGGGGGGGCAUGGGGUCCGCCCCCGAUCCGCCACCGAUUUCUAUCUUGAAAUGUUCAAAACGAUUGUUCUGAUGGAAUAUGUUUUUGUAGUGAUAGCUUGUUUUAUAAAAAAUACUACAAUCGGUUAUUUAUGUUGUAGAUUUGGCAGGUGUACCUAUCAUGAAGUCAUCUGGUUCACCAAGUAUGGUUCAAGCCAAGUCAUCAUGGUUCAACGAUGAGGUAGUUCAAUGUCCUAAACAGACAACAUGGUCAUGGAGCUCAGUUUUCUAGUCUUAAGGUAUUCUUGAUCUGAACGUUAAACCUUCGACAGCGGAUACGAUAGGGUGUCAGAAUUUCCCGGAAUGUAUUUGAUAAAACCUUU